AAAAACAGCCCUAAGAGAGUUGAGAGCCUGAAGAUCAAUCCCGCUCGCCACAGUGCUCCUGCUGGGAGCACGUGGUAUCUAUCCCUCGGCUUGUUCCAGGAGAGGCUCUUCCACUGAGUGAGAAAAAAGGAAAAUCCUGUGAACCCGGAGACAGAGCUUUCCCGAUCAUGCCAGCCCAGAGCUUUAGUGCAGCUGGGGCCACCGUGCUUAUCCUUUUCUUAAAGGUGCAAACCUCUGUACCAGCACCACUUAAUGGAUCAAAGUGGACCUAUGUUGGAGAUAAUGGAGAGAAAGCCUGGCCAAAGUCUUUCCCUUCCUGUGGAGGAAUGUUCCAGUCUCCCAUAGAUUUUCACAGUGACAUCCUUCACUAUGAUUCUACCCUCUCACCAUUAGUGUUAGAAGGUUACAAUGUAUCUUCCAAUGAGGAGUUUUCUCUGACUAAUAACGGACAUUCAGUGAAAUUAGAACUGCCUGCAAAUAUGUACAUUAAAGGCCUGGGUCCCAACUACAGAGCAACAGAACUUCACCUCCACUGGGGCAAUCAAAAUAACCCCCAUGGCUCUGAGCACACAGUUGAGGGAAAGCAUUUUGCAGCUGAGUUACAUAUUGUCCAUUAUAACUCAGACAAAUACCGUGAUAUAUCCACAGCCAAGGACAAAUCAGAAGGACUAGCUGUUCUGGCUGUUCUUAUUGAGAUAGGUUCCUUCAAUCCUUCCUUUGACAAGAUCUUCAGCCACCUUCAGGAUGUUAAGUACAAAGAUCAGAAAGUUAAAAUUCCAAGUUUUAAUAUUCAAGACCUUCUUCCUCCGAAUUUAGAUGAAUAUUACCGCUACCAAGGAUCUCUGACCACUCCUCCUUGUUUCCCCACUGUGCUCUGGACAGUCUUCCGAAACCCUGUCCAAAUCUCCCAGGAGCAGCUUCUGGCUCUGGAGACAGCUCUGUAUUGCACCCAUAUAGAUGAUCCCUCACCUCUGGAAAUGAUCAACAAUUUCCGAAGAGUGCAAAAGUUUGAUGAAAGGCUUGUACGCGUCUCCUUCCACCAAGAGCAAGACUUUUCCUACGCAGGACUGAGUAUGGGAGUCAUCCUCUCUGUGGCAAUAGCUGGUGUUUUAGGUGUUUCGGUCAUCCUUGCAUUAUCAAUUUGGCUUCUCCGACGGAAGAAGAGCAAGAAAGAAGAAAACAAAGGAGUGAUUUACAAACCUGCUCUCAAGAAGGAGGCUGAUAUCAAUCCCUGAGAACCUUAGACCUCCUUUGAGUCCCUCAUCCAAGGAAAGAUCCUUUGCCUGGGACAAUCUGGGGCCACUAGGCGUUUUCCAGAGCACAAAUUCCCAUUGGUCUUGUUAUUUUUAUGUGACUUAAGUCAUCCCCUUAUGUUUUUCACUCUUUGUAGUUUCAAUAGGAAGUGUUUUCCUAUCAGGAAGAAUGAAUGCUGAGCCAUUUGGUCACUUUAGGCAAGACACUGAAAUGAUCUGGAUUCUGAAGCCACAUUCCCAGGCACACAUCUGUGCUCAGGAGCAGAGCUGUUUAGCUAGAUUAGCCCAACCAUGUUCUGCUAAGCAAUCUCUCCAAUACCUUAAAGAUAACUGUACAGGGUCACCAGACCAUGUAUCAGGGGACUUACAUAUCAUGCUAUGCUCUUGCCAUCUAUUUUUAAAAAUAGAGUAAUAAUAGAGUAAUUAGAUUCUCUCUCUCUCUCUUUUACUACUUUUCCUUUAAUUAUCUGCAUAGAAUUCAAGAGUAUUAAAAUUAAAGCGCUAUAAAAGGCAGAAGAUAGAUCCAAUCUUAAUCAUUAACAACUCUCAUUUUCAUAACCUUUAAAUCUCACGACAAAGAAUGUAUUGUUAGGGAAUGUAUUUGUUCUUUAAACCUCACUUGGAAGGUCUACAAGCCUCUUAGUAUCAUAGAUCUAGUCCCAUAUCAUAGAUCUAGACCAUUUAGUCCCAUCCCCUAAUUUUACAGGUCAGGUAACUGAGGCCCAGGGAGAUGAAGUGAAUUGUACAAAGUUACCCAGGUAGUAAUAGUUUUUGGUAGGAUUGGAACUCAAGUCCUCUGACUUUAGAGCCAGUUCUCUUUCCCUUGUAUUUCUGCUAAGCUAAAAUGAAUGUUCACUUUCAAAGUUUGGUUUGUAGAAAUAAUUUUUCCUCUGGUUAGGAGAGUUGUCUUCCAAUCCACUCCUUUUGAACAACAGCAAAACAUUCACACAUAUUAUAGAAAAGAGAAGAACUGGAGCAAGAAAAGUUAUGCUCUCUUUUGCGAAAGGCAAAUCAGGGUUGAUCUUGCAUGUUAAUGUCUGCAUACUAAUUAACUGGAGAAUCUUGACUUUUCAGAAUGAAGCACUGAGUCAGAGAUGCUGAUCUUGGGUUUUGACAAUGAUGGUCAAGAUCUAAGUACUUUUGUAUGUGGGAGGGGAGAAAUGAACUUGGGAUGGACAGUAGUAUUCAACCUAGAGAUUUUAGAUUGCAUGCAUAUUUUCAUGUAAAGUUCUGAGUAUUCAGUUACUUAAAGGCAUUUUCUAAGCUCCUAAAAACUAAAGAUGAGCUAAGUACAGCCCUACCCAGGAUGCUUUCUAAUAAGACAGUGAUGUUUUAUGUUUUUCAGACUUAAGAAAUAGACAUACUUGGAUUCUAGAAAGAGAGAUUAGGAUAAUAGAUAGAAAGCUGGCCUCAGGUAGGAUGAUUGCUGUUCCAAUUUUGCAUCUGUUACAAAUAAGUUGUUUGAGCCAAGGGAGUAAGUACCCCUCAGACAACGCUCUAGGACUUCAGAGUGCUUGCAUUGGCAGAGAGAGGGUUUCCUCAACAGCAGUUUCUUACACCGAAAUCAAAUAUUCUGAGCAAAAACAAAAACAAACAAAAAUAAUUGUUCAAACAGCAGAACAGGGUAGAGGGAGAGGCUGUAAUGUACUAUUGCUGUUUUCUACACCAGAGCAGAAAUGAUAUCGGAGGAUACUGAAAUUAUCUUUGGAUCUCAAGGAAAAAGCAAAAGCAAAGAAUUGGUAGAUUUUUAUGACCAUAGCCAGAUGUCAUAUGUCAUUUUGCUUUAGGGAGAGGAAAAUGUAUCUACAACAAACACAUCCAUCAGAAAUAUGAAUUUCCUUUGUGUUCGUGGACUCUAGUCAGUUAAUACAUCUGUGAGCAUUUUCUUGAGUGCACCAACUAAAUAUAGUUAUUGCACCUAUCCACUUCACAAAGUUCUUUCUGAAGGGCUUGUCCCCUCAUUUUUUUUCCAUCACAGUAGUAACAGUAACAGAAAUCUAGUUGCAGAAGCCUAUAUUUAGGCUAAUUCCCCACUUGGGCCUCUCACAUAUUUGAUUCCUAAGACUUCUCUUUUGCUGCUUCCUCCUCACUUGGCUGCCUGUACAAAGCUUAAGAGGUUCUUGCUGACCAGUAGGACUACUUGCUAGGAAGAUUCAGGAGUAACUUCUCAUUUUCCAUAGGGCUUGGACAUCUGAUCACAUUGGACACUAAUGCAUUCUUAAUGAAGCCUGUUGUAUGAGAACUACCCAGGAAUUGAGGAAGAUAUAGGGAUCUAAGGACUGUUGUUUAACAAUUUAGUAGACUCUUAAUCUUGUAAUAUGAUCUUUUUUAACCCUAUUCUGGAGGAACAGCAGGUACAGUCUUUUUUAAUGAGUAGUAUGAAACUAAUGAGAUUUCCUUGCUUUGUCCCACGGGCAGUCCAUCAGAAAUGAGUACAAUUAUUCCAUAGCAGAGUGAGGGCCUUUUAAAAUAUUCUUUACACACUUUAUAGAUGGGUUUUAUGCCAGCAACCAGAAAAUCAAUCAUUGUACCUAGCACAAGGACUAGUCAUAAAAUAGAAAAUUUAGUGUUUGAUGGAGACAUAGCAGUAUUUUUCCUUUUCUUUCUACAAACUCUGAAUGCAUGGCCCCAAGAGAAAGCAAACCCCACAGCAUAUACCUAAGGAAAUGAAAGUCAGGUUGCAAAAAUUCAAAAGCUCCCUUCCAAACUUUCAAAUCCCUUGUGCAGGUAGGCAACAAAUUUAGGAAUUUUUUUUCUUAAACUACCAAUUGCUUUAGCUCCAAGAAAAAAAAAUGAUGAUGAAUGAAGAUAAUAUAUUUUAUUUUUAUCCUGAAACUAUUGUGUGUCCAAAACAGAUUCCAAAAAUUUCAAUUCUCUUAUGCUUCCCACUGAUUACAAUAAGGAUCUAGGUCUCUCUGCCCGGUUUCUCCAAUAAUAUCUGGUUGAAAUGAUGAAAAACCCUAUCAUUUCCAUUGUCAGAUACUUACCAUCUUUUGUGUUAUGAAUAAUUUUAAUGAAAAUGUACAUUGUAAAUACAAAAGAUUACAAAUAAAAUGUUUUCCAUUUCAA